UCGCUGUUCGUCCCACAGCCUGAAUGGAGGCAAAAGAAGCCGCAUGGCGAGAAGGAGAUAUGGAAGCACGUGGAACAAGGGCAGGAGGCUGUGCUGAAGGGCCGGGGAGAGUAUUGGCUGAGGUGGUGCCCCAAGGGGCGAAGGUGCUGCCAAGCGACAAGAAGACUCGCUACCUAUUGCAGAACCAACGACAGCUGCACAACAUCUCGGAGGGGGGGGCUGCAGCAAAUGACGAUGGUGCGAACGCGGUUGUUCGUCGUGGUUACGAGGAGCCACAACCGCCGGUUGCUGCAGGGAGGGAGCCGGUCGAGGAGAUGGCGCAGCGGGGAAAGGAAAAUGCAGCGGGGGAGGCGCUGCGAGAAGAGUGUCAAUCCACCACAAGGGUGGCUCUGGUGCAACAAAUGACCAUCACGAGAUCGGUGGACAACGCAGCUCAAAAGAAGUUGGACAUUGCAUGGGUGGAGGCAAUGUUUCGGGCAGGAAUCCCGUUCAAUUUUUUGAACUUCAACACCACUCUCAAACUGCACGAGGUGUAUUUGGAGAUGGCUAGCGCACGACCGAAGGUGAAAUUGCCUUCUGCGAAGCACAUCCAGACGGUGAUGCUCGACUUUAUCUUUUUGCGCAUUCAAAAGCAAGUGCAGCCUUUGACUGCAUGCUGGGAUGUCACGGGCUACACUUUCAUCACGGACGGGUCGACUGAUCGGAGGGAAAGGCCUGCCAUGAAUUUAUUGGCGGCGGGAGAGCAAGGAGCGGCCCUAGUGGCAACGGUGCCGAUGGAUGGAAAGAAGAAGACCGGACCAGCAGCUCUGGCCAGACUUUGGGAGAUGAUAAUGAGGGAGGUCGGGCUGCAACGCAUCAAUACAAUUUGCACCGACAAUGCGGAGAGGGAGGGUUGGUGGCCGGAGUUGAAGAAGGUGGUGGAGGUGAUGGAGCCAUUGUAUGUAUUGCUUCGGAGGAUGGACAAGGACGCGACUGCCCUGUCAAACCUUGUGGAGUACGACCAACUAAUGGAGAGGAUGCUGGCGGAGGUUGUGCUGACGAAGGAGCAGCGACGUACGGUGCUCGAGAAGAUCGGCGGUCCUUGGAAAUCAAACGCCCACGUGCAAAUGCUCAGCGACCUGCGAGAGUUCCACAUGAAACCCACCGGGUACAACCCCCGGCGGAAGGACAAGAAAAUGUGGGAUGGUGAUGCGGUCGCAGAUUCUAACACCAUCUCGCCAUCAGAGUGGUGGGCAACUCAUGGCGGCGAUGUGCCGGAGCUGCAGGCCAUUGCCAUGAAAGUAAUGGGAAUGUGGAGCACGGUGACUCUGGCAGCGCGAAAUUGGUCUUCGAUGGACUUGGUCCACUCGAAGUGGCGGAAUCGGUUGAACCCCUCAACCCUGCAGAAGUUGGUGUAUAUUCACUGGAAUAUGCAGCUGCUGCAGUCCGGGAAGAACUUGAAGGACCAUGGCUACAUCAACUUAUGGGCGCAGUUCUUCGAGUCUCUUCCGGAGCCUCAGGUGGACAGUGGUUCUAUUUUGAAGGACCCCGUGGAGGAGAAGGACAAGACGGAGGAGGAGCUGGUGCGGGAACGGGCCUUCAUCAAGACACCAAAGGGCCGGAUUCCGAAGAGCCUCAAAGACGAAGAGGAGGAGGAGGAGUGCACCGACGACAGCGACCUUGACGACGAGGUGUGGAAGGGGAAGACUCCAUGGUCGGAAGCCUCUAGCGAAGGGGAAGUUGAUGAGUCAUCGGACGAUGACUUUGAGUUGGGAAUCCCCCCGUCAAUCCCGUGCACCACAUAUGUUGGGAGGAGGGAAGCAGCAUAGCGCCGUCGAGAACGGCCGCCCACAAC